AUGGCAACAAGCAUUGAUCCGUUGGCUGAUGAUUGUCCUUGUUUCCAUCCAUGGCUAUCACGCCUUUACCAUAGUAGUGCCUUUAGCGACAAGGCGACUAGCGAUGCAUCGAUUGCGGGCAGCAGGGCAGCAAGGCAGGUUGCAGGCCCCCGACCGGCGGUACCUGCCGCUUUAGUCCAGGGUGCCCAUCCCUUGCAUGCAACCUUUAGGCAAUUGCAACGUGGUCGACGCAUCGUUGAUUGGAGCCAUCGAUCAUAA